CGCACUCACUCAUACACACAACCGAGCUCUGACACGCAGCCGGUCGGUCUGUCGGUCGCUGUGCGCUGUCCACGCGGUGGCGAGAGGAAACGGCAGGUGUCAGACUCGGUUCUUAUAAGCUUUUUUGCAGAGCUCCCUCCUUAAAACAGCAAACCGAUCCGCUCGGAUGAUAUAGGCAGACAAGACGUCCGAGCUUCCAAAAUUGCUUCAUUUGCAGGACGGAUUUGAAUUGCUUUUUUUCUUUUGGCGGUGUGACUUUACCCCACUCCCUUGCUCCUGACCCUGACCUUGUGACCCCAGGCUACUAGGACAUCGUGAUUGAGGAGACCACCAUGAGUCAGGAGGGGCAGGAUGACCCCCUCCACACAGGCACCCCACCUCCAGAUAUACCCCCAGAACCUGAGGGAGAUGAGGAUGCUGACAGCUCUAAGGCUAAAAAUUUGGAGCCCUGUAAUGGGCCAAAGACAGAGGAGGAGCAUCAAGGAGAAGCAGAAGACAGAGAAACAGAAAGCAACAGAAAUACACAGUCCAGCGCAAAGGAGGAUGAGAAGGUGACAUUAGAAGAGGAAGGCAGAAAUGGUGAGAUUGAGGGCAGUUGCUUGGAUCCUGUAACAGAAAAUGGUAAAGGGAAUAUCUGUGAAGGUGAAGACACACAGUCGCUGCUGCCUCAGAGCCCAGAAAAGGACUCAACUAAGCCCCUGUGCUCUCUGAGAUUUGAGAACGGGACCGAAGAUGACAGCGAAGGGCAGGAGGAUGAGGAGGAGAUCCUGGAAGAGUCUUCAGUGCAGGGGAACCUAGAUGCCUUCAGUUCCACAUUUGAGCUCUCCGUAGAGGAAGCAGAUGCUGAGGUAGAGGACGAAGAAGAAAAAGAGGAAAGUGAGACUCGAAAUCAGGACAGUUUCAGCUCUACGUUUGAGAGCAUUGUUGAGAAGGUCGCCAAGACCACGGCUAUGGAAGAGGAGGUGGAGGACGACAGAGAGGAAGAGUAUGACAGGACGAAAGAGAGCCAGGAUGGUUUUAGCUCCACAUUCGAGCGCAUUGUCGAGUCGGAGCUUCUGAGAGGCGGAACUUGCUACAGCAGUUUGGAUUCUCUGGACGUGUUGUCGCUCACUGACGAGACGGACAGCUGUGUCAGCUUUGAGGCGCCACUCACCCCUCUCAUACAGCAGAGGGCCCUAAUGGGCCCUGAACCUCCAGAUCUGGAGCUGGAGACUGUGCAGGAAGGGGCUGAGGGUGAGGCAGAGGUGGGCACAGAGACGGCAAGGGAUGAAGCAAGCUCUGCAAGUCCACUACGGACCACUAUACCAGGAAGCAGGUCGGAAAAUGUCUUGAGCCAGCCGGCACAAUGGAGCAUCCCUAAUGGAUUCCAUAUUGAGUUACCUGGAAAUCGAGAGAGUGGAGCAACAAUGCUAAACUCUAUCAGCGAUGCCAACCUCACAGAUGUGCUGUGCGACUCAGACUCCGAGCUGGGCAGUGUGGACAUGCUGGAGAGGGGUAGCACAGAUACUCUUGCCAAUGGCUGCCGCGUCGACGCAGAUGCUGCCAAACGACUGGCUAAGCGACUGUUCUAUCUGGAGGGCUUCAAGCGCUGUGACGUGGCACGACACCUGGGCAAGAAUAAUGAAUUCAGCCAGUUGGUGGCAUCAGAGUACUUGAGCUUCUUUGACUUCACUGGGUUGUCAUUAGACAGAGCGCUGAGGAACUUCUUGAAGGCAUUUCCUCUGAUGGGAGAGACUCAGGAGAGAGAACGUGUGCUGGUGCAUUUCUCCAAACGCUUUUGCCACUGUAACCCAGAAGCUCUCACCUCAGAGGAUGGCGCUCACACGCUGACCUGUGCUCUUAUGCUUCUUAACACAGACCUACAUGGACAUAAUAUUGGGAAGAAGAUGUCUUGCCAGCAGUUCAUUAGCAAUCUGGACGGCCUCGACGAUGGCAAAGAUUUUCCCAAAGAAUUGCUCAAGGUGCUCUAUAACUCAAUAAAGAAUGAGAAGCUGGAGUGGGCGAUCGAGGAAGAGGAGUUGAGGAAGAGUCUAUCGGAGCUGGUGGAGGAGCAGUGUGAGGCAGGGGGGAAGCGGGUUGUCAGGGUAACGGAUGGCAGUAACCCUUUCAUCGCCAUUCCACUUUUACUCAAUGCUGUGACGUACAAACACGGGGUUCUGACACGCAAAAGCCAUGCAGACAUGGACGGCAAGCGCAGUAAGUGUGUCCUUUGUUUUUUCUGUAAAAUCACACUUUUGGAUACAUUUCCUGGUCCUGUUUCCCUCAGUUUCUGCAUUAAUUCCUGUCCUUUCUCCAGUGUCUAUCAAUAUAAGAGGCACAAUUUAAUAGACAAAUAAAUAAGUAAACAGAAAGGUAACUCAUGUCCAAAACAUAGUAAACUGUGAGGCAGCAUUUUAAGGCAUCAUAGUUGUGCUCCCAUAUGAGAUAUUCUGCUUUAGAGGAUGCCUUCUUUUGGCCAAUAAUUUGCUUCCAUAUUUUUUGCCAAAUUCCCUUAUAGACAAGGCAAUCCCAUAAUGCAUUGUGACAAGCUCAGUGUUAUUUUAGCAUUAUUUAUUUUAAUUUUAGUUUGAGUAAUUUUGUUGUGUAUUUUUUUAUUUUUUUUUUAUUUUUUUAUUUUAGUGCUUCAAAUAUUUCAGUUAGUGCAACAUUUCUAAUAAUAUUUUAAGUUCCCUUUCGAAAGGGAACUCGCGCUGCGUCCCCUAGGUGUCGCUAUGGGGGAAGGCCUCUGGCAUGCCAGGUGUCUGAAGCAUGAGUCUAAACACGACAAUGAACUUGACACUGGCAGGCGGCAGCCUAUGACAUCACCACAGGUUCAGGACAUGCUGCGGCUGAGGCGAGUAGGAGACUGAAGUGUGGCUCGUAAGCAGUGGCCUACGGGACACCCCCGCAGCCCCCGUGGUGCGUGGGGGCCCCCACCCUAUGAUGGGCCUCGUCGCAGAUUCACCUUUAGACUAGACUACUUUAUAGCCUUUGCUUUUUUUUUUUUUUUUUUUAGAACUGAACUCAAUUGACUAAAGAUGAAAAUAAAGCAUCCAACUGAAGCCCAAAAAUGCAAGCAGAAGAUAAUAGAAAAUAGUGCUAAAUUACCACAAAAGGGGGAAAAAUUCAUCACUGUUGUUUCCAUCGCCGUUUGUAAGGUAGCCAAGACAACAGCAAGCUUUGAUGCGCUGUGUUACUGUUAGCGAAUGUGUGCCGAAACAAAUAAAUAUGUUCGGUCUUUGCUGAGACAUUAUUAUUGUUAUUUAUAUUUUUAUAUAUUGCCCAAACGUAUUUACCCCAUCGCCAGCUCUGCUAAUGGUCAGCUACCGGAAUGUCUGAAGUUCUUUUCCAAAUGUAGCCUAGCCAAUAAGUCUAGAGUUUAUUCUUUUAGUAAAUGCAUGAAUUUAGUUUAGGCCUACGUCAUUUGAUGCACCGAUCGAAAUUACUGAAAAUUUGUGGCCGAAACAGCAAUUUACGCUCUUGUCUAGAAGGGAACCUUAUAUAGCCUAUACGCAAAUUUGUGUCUAACUUAGAAUUUAG